AUGACUCGCACGUUAGUUUUAACGGUAUUGUUUGUCACUGUUGCGAGCCGGGCAAUUGAAUCUAAUGACUCUGUUGAGAAGCAAAUGGAAAAGGACGAUGACUUCACCAAGCCUGAAGAAAGCAUACGACAAUACACUGGACCAACCGUUCACCAUUUCGCCACACACGGUCUGUGUAACCACAAUCUAGGUAAGGUCAGAUUCUUCAAGGCACUCCGGAAUCAUUUCCACGAUAUUUCAGAUGCUUUGAAAAUCUCAUUUGUGCUUGAUCUUUGUAAACGAAGGGAUCAGAUGCUGAUAAAGUGGGUUCAGGAAAUAUUUGACAAAGACGGUGACGGACACAUCACCCUCUUUGAAAAGAAAAUUUACCGAUGAGACAUUUGCAACAACAAAAGCAAGACAUUUGAAGGUGUUAAUUGCUAUUCAGGAAGACUGCCCAAAGUUCACAUGUUUUAAUAUUUUGUUUCCAGAUACUUUAUUAAGGAGGUACUGGAUACACUGUUAAACACUAUUGAGAGAAAUCCGGAUACAUUAUUCAGAAAAAGGCUUAAAACAGUAUUGAAGAAAAGCAUAUCACAUUCCUUAAGGAUAGU